UUUGCUCAGCCCAGCCGACUCGGAGGAAGCGAAGUCAAGCCCCACGGCUGUAAAUCCACAGCUUAGGAGGAGGAGGAGGAGGCUGGUGCGGCGCCGCUUCGCACGACCAACCUACUCGCGUGUGCGAUAGAUGAUACACGGCUUCUGCAAAUCAAAGAUUAUCAAGUUGCCUUGUUUCAACAGCAACAAUGAAUCAGGUUGGCCAUUAUGAUAGUAUAGAAGUUGCCAGCAUUGUUCUCUGCUCUUUCCUGGAAAACUCCUCCGAUAUUACUUUUACUUCCACGCUUUGUAGUUUGAAAAAACAGUUGUUAGCACCAAAGCAGCCUAGUGUAUAUGAUGAUGGGGAGCUUCAGACCGAUGGCAAUAACUUUGGACGAGUAGACGACAGAGCAUUGGUGGCCGAUGAGGAAAUUUUCCGGAAAAUAGGAGCGAGAUUGGCUGUAUUCGGUGAUCAACUGGCUGCUGAAAUUGAGCACCCAUUUGUGAACAACCUGGCACAACAAUUCAUGGUGGAAAAUGUGUCCAAUCAGGUGAUCACCCAGCAUCUGUCUGAAGCAGUGAGAAAUGUCGUGGCAAGGAUGCCUCCAGAAAUGGAACAUGAAAAAGCCAUGUUAGUGGCUGCAAUGACUUUGGCCAAGAAAGUAGCCAACGUAGUCCCUACGUUGUUGCAGCAGGUGUUCAACGUAACAGUGAAUUAUAUCAACCAGAACCUCCACGAUUAUGUGAACAAUUUGGGACCUGAGAACUGAACAAAAGGGAUACUCAUCUGAAUGCAAAAACUAAUCUGUUUUUUUAAAAGUUUUUAAAGAUUAAGAAAAUUUUGGUUAUUUUGGUAUUUUAAGAUUUUUUUGAACUUUUUAACAGUAAUGUAUUUCAUUAUUCUAUAUAGUUGGCCAAGAUAUGAUUUGGCCGGCAUUUUCUACUUGAAAUCUUAGAUUAUUUUUUAUGUCCCUUGUAGGUGAAAAGCAGAGUGGUUUAUUCUCAGGAUCAUGGUGUUGAUGGCAUCUCUCUUUGAAAAGAGGAAUAGAAGCCAUGACCAUCUUACAAAUACCAUUAGAGUAUUCUGCCAUUUGCUACCUAA